AUGUGGUACGAUGAGCGAAUUAACAAACAAAAGAAUGCAAGGAAGCCUGUUUUCACUUUGUGUUGUGGCGAAGGACAUGUCAAACUUCCAUUUCUACAGAAAACACCAGAGUUGUUGGUCGCUUUACUCACUAACAAUGAUGAGCUAAGCAGACAUUUUAGAGAAAAUAUCAGAGCUUAUAACAUGAUUUUUUCAUUUACUUCACUUGGUGGGAAAGUCGAGAAGUGUUGUGCACCAGGACGUGGACCUAAUAUGUUUCAACUACAAGGGGAGAACUAUCACUUGAUGGGUAGUAUGCGGCCUGAGGAUGGUGAACUCCCAAAGUUUCAACAAUUGUACAUUGUUGAUACUGAAAAUGAAGUUGAUAAUAGAGCAACAAUUAUGAACAAAGGAAAAGACACUGCAAAGUACAAGAAAAAACAGAAACUCAGAAGGGAACUAAUCGAAAAGAUUAUGAAAAUGUUGGAUGAUGUGAAUCCAUACGUCAACAAAUUCAGAUCAGGAAGAGACAGGUUCAAUACAAAUCCGCAUGAAACUUUCCAUAUGAGGAUAGUUAGUAGUCGUUAUAAGGAUGGGAGGACGUACAACAUACCAACAGCAUCUGAAGUAGCUGCGUUGAUUCCUAGAGAUUUCAAUUUGGAAAUGGAUCAUCGUGAUAUUGUUGUUCAAGCAAAAUCUGGUGAACUACAAAGGAUAAGUGAAUUGCAUAUCUCUUAUCUAGCAUUACAAUAUCCCUUAUUAUUUCCUCAUGGAGAGGAUGGCUACAGGCUUGGAAUUGAAAAAGGGCAUUUAAAAGUGGGAAGGGUUAAGAGUAAAAAAGAAAGAAAACAUAUUAGCAUGAGGCAGUUCUUUGCAUUUCGAAUUCAGGAGAGGAAAAAUGAGUCAAGGACCUUUCUGCAUUCUAGACGCUUAUUCCAACAGUUCUUGGUUGAUUCUUAUACUGCCAUCGAGAGCAACCGGCUUGGUUACAUCAAAUACAAUCAAGCGAGUUUAAGGGCAGAGAAUUAUAACACAGUAAAGAAGGGCGUAGAAUCUGGAAAUGUAGAUAUGAAUGAGCAAGGGAGGCAGUUUUUUUUACCAAAGUCAUUCACUGGUGGUCCUAGAUAUAUGCGAGAAAACUAUUUAGAUGCAAUGGCUAUAUCUAAACACUUUGGAUUUCCUGACCUUUUUAUAACUUUCACAUGUAAUCCAAAGUGGCCAGAGCUAACUAGAUUUUUUCAGGAGCGCAAAUUGAAUCCCGAUGAUAGACCAGACAUCCUUUGUAGGGUUUUUAAGAUGAAGCUCGAUUCCCUUAUGCAUGAUUUAACCAAACGACAUAUAUUACGGAAGACGGUAUCUGCUAUGUAUACCAUUGAUUUCCAGAAAAGAGGUUUGCCACAUGCGCAUAUACUGCUAUUCAUGGACCAAAAGCACAAAUUUGCUAAGACAGAAGAUAUAGAUAAAAUCAUAUUUGCAGAAAUUCCAGACAAGAAUGAAGAAGCAGAGCUUUAUGAGUUAGUGAAGGACAUGAUGAUCCAUGGACCCUGUGGUGCUGUUAAUCCGAAAUCACCAUGUAUGGAGAAUAGGAAAUGUACUAAAUUCUUUCCUAAGAAGUAUGCUGAGGAGACUACUGUCGAUAAAGAAAGCUUUCCAGUGUACAGAAGAAGGGAGACAACUGAUUAUGUAGAAAAAAAUGGAUUCAAAUGUGAUAAGAGUUAUGUUAUCCCAUACAAUAAGAAGUUGUUGUUACGCUAUAGAGCACACGUAAAUGUCGAGUGGUGCAACCAAGCUGGAUCAGUGAAGUAUUUGUUUAAAUACAUUACAAAAGGUCAGGACCGUGUAACUGUUGUUGUAUUGCCAAAUAUGCCAGAGGAAGAUGAAGAUGAAUACCAAACUGGAGAGGUUCUAGGGAAAGAGAAUAAGAAACCAGAGAAUGAAAUUAAAGAUUAUUUUAAUUGCAGGUAUGUGUCCGCAUGUGAAGCAACAUGGAGGAUUUUUAAAUUUAAUAUUCAUUACCGGUCAACACCAGUUGUUAAACUAAGUUUCCAUCUAGAGGGUGAACAUCUGAUUUAUUUCAAGGGUGAUGAUGAGGCUGAAGCAAUUAUGCAUCAAGAUACCGUCGAUAAUUCCAUGUUUCUAGCAUGGAUGGAUCUUAACAAGGUUAGCUCUAUUGCUAGGACGCUUACUUAUCCAGAAAUACCUAACAAGUUCACAUAUGAUUCUAAAGAGAAACAGUUUAAUCUAAGCCAAAGAGAUGAUGACCAAGAAUACAUAGACGAUUUAGUUAGAACAGGCUAUUGGGGUAGUGGAAGCUUGGUUAGGCAAGUUUUUGUUGUCAUGCUUUCUUCGGCUAUAUUACUUAGGCCUGAAUUAGUUUGGGCAAAGACAUGGGAGUUGCAGUGUGAAGACAUUCAAUUCAUUAGAAGGAAAGCAAUAGACAGACCAGAGUUAGUUUUAUCUGAUGAUGAGAAAAAGAAAUUUGCGCUACAAGAUAUAGACAUCAGACUUAAAAGAAAUGGUAGUUCUCUUGCUAACUUUAAGUCAAUGCCACAGCCACCUAGACGGAUUAUUAGUGACUCUAACGUGUUGAUAGUUGACGAGAAAAACUAUAACCGUGAGGAUCAGGGAAAGAAACAUGCGGGCUGGAUAGAGCAGAUGACUCCAGAACAGAAAAAAGUUUAUUCAGAGAUAAUGGAUGUUGUAAUAUCUAAGAGUGGUGGAGUCUUCUUUGUAUACGGGUUAGGUGGUACUGGUAAAACAUUUUUAUGGAAAACACUAUCUGUUGCAUUAAGGAAAGACGGUGAGAUUGUCUUAAAUGUUGCAUCCAGUGGUAUAACAUCACUUUUAUUAGCAGGAGGUAGGACUGCUCAUUCUAGAUUUGGGACUCCAUUAGUUUUGGAUGAGCUUUCAACAUGUAGAAUGAAACCAAGUUCAGAUUUAGGGAAAUUGGUCAAAGAAGCUUCUCUAAUAAUCUGGGACGAAGCACCUAUGAUGAGUAAGUACUGUUUUGAGUCAUUGGAUAGAAGCUUGAAGGAUGUAGUUGAAAAUGGUCAUAGCAAACCCUUUGGAGGAAAAGUUGUAGUUUUUGGAGGAGAUUUCAGACAAGUUCUUCCAUUCAUAAAUGGUGGUUCUAGGACAGAAAUAGUUAUGGCUACAUUAAAUUCAUCAUAUAUUUGGGAUCAUUGCAAAGUUCUAAAACUUACAAAGAAUAUGCGUCUGGCAAAGGAUAUAAGUGUUGAAAAGGCGAAGAAAAUUAGAGAAUUUUCAGAAUGGAUAUUGGAUUUUUUAAAAGAAAAGAAUGAUCCAAAGUUUUUCCAAGCUAGAGCUAUACUAGCUCCAACAAAUGAGGAUGUCUAUCAGAUAAAUGAGUAUAUGCUCGAUCAAAUGGAAGGUGAUGAGAGAAUAUAUCUUAGUGCAGAUAGUUUGGAUCCUUCUGACAAAGAGUCCAAGAAUAACCCCGUGUUCACUCCAGAUUUCCUCAACAGUAUCAAACUUUCAGGUUUGCCUAACCAUAGGUUACGAUUGAAGAUUGGCUGUCCAGUAAUGUUGCUAAGGAACAUAGAUCCUACCGGAGGUCUAAUGAAUGGAACAAGACUACAAAUAACUCAAAUGGCUGAAUUUGUGAUCGAGGCUAGAGUUAUAACUGGGGAUCGUGUAGGGGAUAAAGUAGUCAUUCCUAGGUUGUUGAUAACACCAUCAGAUACCAGAUUUUGA